GCCUGAGGCAGGGCGAAUCGAGCCCAAGGAUUGCAACCUCUCCCCGUGGAUUCUCCGAAAAGUGGAGGCCCUCUACCAGAAGAUGGACGAGAACGCGGAUGGGCGCCUUACCAAGGCUGAGGCCCAGAACUUCUUCAGCCGAUUCGGCAAAAUCAGCGCGUCUGCCAUGUUUUCGGAGGUGGAUGAGAACAACGACGGGGAGAUCCUGCCGUCGGAGUGGCGUCAUUUCUGGCAGCAGGUGCGCGACAACGGCUACAGCGAAGGGGACAUCGCUGAGGAACUCCAGGAGUUGAUGUCUGGGGGCGUAUGGGUGGAUUUCCUGGACGAUCGCAAUGUUUCCGUUGGCUCACGAAGCGCACCCAAAGUGGGUCGCUCAAAGGAGUGA